AUGUUAUAUUUUUUUGGUCCAACAAAAUCUGGAUCUUUCGAACAUUCAAUUAAAGAACGUUGGAAUAUUACACAAGAAUUGUUGAAAGAAUUUCGUGAAUAUGGUCACAAUUAUGGUUUUGAUAACGAAAUAGCUGAAGAUGAUUUUAUUCAUCAACAAUUUAAGGAAUUUAAACGAAGAGCUAUUGAUCAUAAUUAUCAUCCCUACUUUUCUGGUAGUUUUAUUGAAUCAUUUGAUAUUCAAACACCAUUUCGUGAAACAGAAAGCCGAUUUUAUCAAUAUGAUGAAAAUGACAACGAUAACAACCACUGUGAUGACCAGAAACUUGCUAGCAUUGUUGAACAAGGAACGUCAGAAAUGGGUAGAGAACGUAAUACUGGUCACUUACCAUCAGAUUUUGAUUUAUUGAUAUUAGAUAUGAAUAAAUGGAUUGAUACAAGUCCAAAUCAUUCUCGUACCGAAUGUCAAUAUCAAGUCAAUGAACAAAGUGGUUCACAUAUCGGAUAUGUUCAGAUAGUAGAAAAACAAAGUCAACAACCAUUACAACAUUCUCAUGACCACAAAGAAAUUUUAUUAGGUGCUUUGUUAUUUGGUUUAAAUACUUUAGGUGAAGAAUUAGUUUCAGUACCAGAUUUUAAACAUGAUAUGACUCAACAUGGACCAGCCAUAACAAUGACAUGUCAAACUCGAGUUGUUGCUGACAAUGAUCAGACAAUUAUUACUAGAGAAAUUGAUCUUGUAUAUGCAUUACCCUGUUCAGAUUGGCCAUGUCAAGCUAAAAAUUUUAAAUGUCGACAAAGGAUAAAUCCAUCAUGGCCAAAUCGAAAGAAAGUGUUUCGCCGUAAAGAUGAACGACGUCAACUAUAUUGUUGCCUAGUACCCGUUGCACAUCGAUUUUCAUUGCUACCAGUCUUCGAAUGGCGUUAUUCAUUUUCUAUCUUAGAAGCAUUAUUAAGUGAACAAUUACAAAAACGAAAUGAGUUUAUAUUAAUAACCUACCGAAUAUUGAAAUACUUAAAUAAAUAUGGACAAACAAGAAAUCAACAGACUGCAACUAAUGUUACUGAUAAUCGUCUAAAUUCAUAUUGUUUAAAAACUUUAUUAUUUUGGACAUGUGAACAAUCCGUUCAAAAUGGUAGAUAUUUUCCCGAAUGGUCUAUAACAACAAUUUGGAUAAAUUUAAAAUGUUUAUUUCAAAAACUAAAAGAAUCAUUGGAAAAUAAACAGUUAUGGAACUUUUUUAUUGAUAAGAAUAAUAUGAUUGACCAUCUUAGUGAUGAAGAAAUUGAAUCUACUCUAAAUUUUAUUAAUCAAAUUCUAAUUGAUCCUGUACAAUGUCUGUUCCAAACAUUUCCUGCUCAGUUGAAUAAUAAGACCGCAACAACAUUAAUAUUAGAUCGAUCAAGAGCAAUAAUAUCACUCCGUACAUGGUCGCAUUUAUUAGCUGUUAAAAUGCAUCCAGUAAUUAAAAUUAAAAAUGUACUCUAUCGGCGCCCAGUUGACCUUAAUACAAGUUUAAAUUAUUGUGAAAAAGCAAAAACAAAACGACGUGAAAAGCAUUUAAGAAAAUAUUUUCAUGAUACAACAACGAUUCAGUUACAACCCCACCAACAAAAUGAAAAAGAAUUUUUGCAAUUAAUUUGCAAAUUCAUUUCACAUCAGUUAUCAUCAGAUAGUGUAGCAGUAGGAUUGUUAUGUCCAGGUUAUUCUACAACCUUGACAUAA